AUGCCAAUAAGAGACCGUCCGCGCACGAUUCUCAUUACUGGUGCCACUGACGGAGUCGGGAAACAGACAGCCGCCGAUUUGGCGCAACAUCCAGAUAACUUUGUGAUCAUUCACGGACGAACAAAAGAGAAUUGUGAGAAGACGAUUGAUCAGAUUCGACGUGAAGGAGCACGAUAUGAUAAUAUUGAUUAUAUUGCAAUCGAUUUCACAUCUCUAGAUUCGGUAGCCACUGGUGCAAAUCAGCUUUCUUCGCGGUAUCCCUCGUUGAAUUGCGUUGUUUGCAAUGCGGCCGUGCUUCAGCAAAGAAGACAUGACACAAUUGAUGGAUAUGAGCACACGUUUCAAGUAAACUUUCUCGCGCAUUUCGUCCUACUGAAUCGCUUGCUACCAACGCUGGAGCAGAACUCGCCUGGUCGCAUCAUCGUCAUCGGCAGCACUUUGCAUUCAUGGACAUCAAUAGAGUGGACAGAUCUACAAGCCGAGCAAGAAUACGAGAAAUAUUUGCAAUUCUCGCGAUCGAAGCUGAUGUGUCACUUGAUGGCUUUCGCGUUGCAUCGAAGAAUGGCGUUGACCGGAUUCAAGGUGACAGUAAACGUGAUGGAUCUCGGACGAGAGAAACGCGAAACGAAUAACAACUACAAAUUUCGAUGCGCCUCGGCAUUGUCAACGUCGGAGUCAGUGUUUUCGGUUGGCCGGAGUGCUGGGGGAUUAGUGCAGAUGAUCGAAUCACCGGCGCUGGACACGUUAUCCGGGAAAUAUCUUGAUUGUCAUGGGAAACAAAUGAGAUCCGGCUCGGAGGCCACCGAUGAGCGACUCCAAGAGAGACUUUGGUCUGAAGCGGCAAAGCUCGCUCGUGAUCAUCUAAUCAAAUCA